AUGAACAGCGCGACAACUAUCUUUGUUGCAAGAAUCGGUAAACGAGACGAGGCGAGCCUCAAAAGGUUAUGCUCGAACUAUGGAGAAGUCAGUGAAGUCACUUUACUCUCCGAAGGGAAGAAGUCGAAAGCGUGUGGAUUUGUCAAAUUCAGAAGAGUUGCGGACGCCAUGAAGUGUGUUUCCGACGCCAAAGAACACAAAGGAGUCUUUUCAGAUAACACUAAGAUUGUUGUAGAAUGGGCGAAGUCUUCACAAAUUAAAGACUGUGACUUGGACAAAACUACACUCUUUAUCAAUGGAAUGAAAACUUGUGACGAGCAGUACAUCCGUUCAAAGUUGUCGAUGUACGGACUCAUCGAAAGAGUGACUAUUCCCCGCGGAGAACAAGUCUACGCCUUCGUCAAAUUUGCAAACACCGAAAGUGCUUCAAUGGCCAAAGCCAAUGAAGAUGGAAAGUACUGGAAUGGACAACAAGUCAUUAUCGAAUACUCAGAGGCGAUGUCGAGCAAAAGAAUGAGAAGGCAAAAGGCCACUAUGAAAAUGUUUAAUUCCUUCUUCGAACACAUUUCAGCUCCAACGUCCCCAGUGUUACAAGACUCGGAUGACUCACAUACCGACGAUGAAGAAACAUCUCAAGACAGUUACUUGAAAGAAGACACUCACAACUUAUUAAGAGAAAUUAUUGAUUGGGAGGCUGCUCCUGCAUAUUCUGCAAGCCCCAUGUCUUGGGACUAUGACGACAACGAACUUCCCGUUUUUAAAGAAAUGAUACGCACACACGAUGACAUUGUCAUGCCCUCUUGUAUCGAAUCUUUACUUCACUAA